AUGGAUGCCCAUGAUAUAAUAUCGUCCAAUGCAACAGUGUACCGGGUAUCUGAUGGAGGAGAGACCGCCAUCGGCAUCUAUUUGGUGAUGCUAGGUUGGCUGUCAUGGAUUGGAAAUGGCGUUGUGAUAUUACUUCUCAUGAAACAAAAGCACGCACUCGAACCACAAGAUCUCUUAACACUCAAUUUGGCCAUCUCCGACGCCAGCAUCUCGAUCUUUGGCUACUCGCGCGGUAUCCUGGAGGUUUUUGAUGUGUUUCGGGACGAUGGAUAUCUAAUAAGGACCUUUUGGACGUGCAAGGUGGAUGGAUUCCUAAUCCUUCUUUUUGGCCUCAUUAGCAUCAAUACGCUCACCGCCAUCAGCAUCCUCCGCUACAUCAAAGGAUGCCAGCCCCAGCACGCUCAUCAUGUCAGCAGGCGUAACAUUGGCAUAGUCAUUGCUGGCGUGUGGCUCUUCUCUCUCUUCUGGUCUGGUGUACCACUACUGGGCUGGGGCAGCUACAGAGCUCGUCGGUAUGGGACAUGUGAGAUUGACUGGACCCAGGCCAGGUUCUCUGUCCCCUUCAGACUGUACGUCAUCUGCAUCUUCACGUUCAACUUCUUUGUGCCGGUGUCGGUCAUCGUGUUCACCUACGUGUCCAUCAUUCGAACGGUUAACUCCAGCCACAAGUCCAGCCGAGGCGGAGACGUCAGCGAGAGGCAGAGGAAGAUUGAGAAGAGCAUAACUCGGGUGUCCCUCUUCCUGUGUGCAGCUUUCCUGCUGGCCUGGUCACCCUACGCUGUCAUCUCUAUGUGGUCGGCCUGGGGCUACCAGGUCCCCCCACUCAACGGCAUCAUGGCCAGUCUGUUCGCCAAGUCGGCCAGUUUCUACAACCCCCUCAUCUACAUCGGCAUGAGCUCCAAGUUCCGGAAGGAUCUGCGGGGUCUGUUCCGUUGCUUUAGGCCCGGCGCAGGCCAGAGUGCCACGCCCCACGUUCCGGUCAUGGCCAGGCCCGAUGACGUCCACAUCAACCUGGACGCCGUCAAAGACGAAGAGGAGGAAGCGAAGGAGGAACAACGGGACGCCAAAGAGGAGGUAGAGAAGGUUAAGGACACAGCUGACAGCCCUCAGGCUGAGAGAGGAGAGGAGUUCCCCCAAAGCUCCCCCAAAGCAGAUGGCUCCCACAGCCCUGAGGUGGCGUCGAGUGAUCUCCCCACUCAAAGGAAGAAUAGUGACUCUGGUCGCCUGUGA